GACUUUUAGUAAUGCUGGGGAUGCAGCUUGUACCAGUUGUGCUUCAGGUACUUAUUCUCUAAACCCUGGCUCUAGUAGUUGCACAUCAUGUGAUGCCGGGUACUCCUGCACUUCAAGUAGCAAGUCUCCAUGUCCAGCUGGAACAUACAGUGCACUUGGACAAACCACAUGUACUAGUUGUGCCACAGGAUAUUGGAGUUCAGCACAAAGUACAACAUGUACUCAAUGUAAUGCUGGACAAGACUGUAGUGACCAAACAAUAUCACCACCAGAUUGUGGGGCAGGCACCUAUAGCUCACUAGGGGGGUGUACUCCAUGUCCUGCAGGUGAAUACAGUGGUGCCGGGUCUGGGUCCUGUACCCCCUGCCCUGGGGGUAAAGACUGCACUGAUCAGACCGAUACCACACCCUCAAAUUGCUUAGCAGGAACUUACAGUCCAGCUGGUGUAGCAGCGUGUACUCCUUGUGCACCAGGCUUCAUCGCAAGCAGUCCAGGGGCUAGUGCAUGUACAGCAUGCUCUGCGGGUUCAUAUUGCGAUGGAUCCACAGAGACGACAUGCCCUGAUGGUACAUACUCUCUUGGGGGUCAAGAGAGUUGCUAUCUAUGUCCUGGGGGUCAUGAGUGCUCGGAUAAAACAACAAACCCAGUGGAGUGUACAGCUGGUAACUAUGCCAACAACGGGAGUAUCACAUGUACAACGUGUCCUGCAGGUCACCAGUGUUCUACUAACGGCUUAUCUGAGCCCCAGGCUUGUGCAGCAGGCUGGUACUAUGUUGGAACUGGGGGAACAGGCUGUACAGAGUGUACUGCUGGAAACAAGUGCCCGAGUACAACCAGUGGACCCACAGCAUGUUCUGCAGGCCAGUACCAACCAGCUAAUGGCAUGACUUCCUGUCUUGAUUGUCCUGGAGGAUGGUAUGUGACUGGUACGGGAGCUUCAAUCUGCACAGAGUGUCCAUCAGGCUCCAAAUGUGUCGACCCAACUGCUUCACCUGUUGCCUGUGGGGCCGAUGAGUUCUCAUCAGCUGGCUCCACCUAUUGCCAAGGUUGUCCAGCUGGGCAGAUCUGCAGUGGGGGUACACCCGUGUCCUGCUCUGUUGGUCAAUACCCUAGUGGUGGUGUUUGCACAGAUUGUGAACCUGGAUAUGCUUGCCUUGAUCCAACAGUUGGGCGACAGCCUUGUCCUGAUGGCCAGUACCAAGACCAGCCAGGCCAAGCUAUUUGUAUGGAUUGCCCCUCAGGAAAAAACUGUACUGAUAAGGCUGCCACUCCAAGUGAUUGUGAUGCAGGCUGGUUUAGUCCUAGUGCUAGUAUGGGAUGCUCGCUCUGCUCUGAAGGCUUCUACAGUACAGCUGGGUCGGGGUCUUGUCUUGAGUGCCCUGCUGGUCAAAAGUGUUUUGAUGGAAGCAAUUAUAUAACACCCACUGAUUGCGAUCCUGGCUACAAAAGUGCAUUUGGGGAAAGUACAUGCAGCCCAUGUCCUCAAGGCUCCUAUUCUGGUACAAAAGCCACACUUUGCUCUAACUGUCCUGCAGGAAGUUCAUGUAAUGAUCCAACUGCGUCACCUGUAGCUUGUAACUCUGGCUAUUACAGUCUUGGAGGCAUUGUAACUGCCUGCACUAGUUGUCCUGCUGGCUAUGAAUGUAGCAAUCCUGCCAUCAACCCAGUCAUCUGUCCCUCUGGAACAUAUUCUGGGGGUAGUAACACCACAUGUGGUCCAUGUCCCGCAGGAUCUUCCUGUUUGGACCCAUCUGCUGCACCUGUGGCAUGCAGCGCUGGAGAGUACAGUCUUGAGGGUGAAGCCUUGUGUUCACCAUGUCCAGCAGGCAAGCAGUGUGCUACACCAGCAGAAGAUCCCUUGGUUGACUGUGGCUCUGGAGACUACAGUCUUAUAGGGGAGGCUGGAUGCACACCAUGCCCUGCUGGAUAUUACUGUGCCCUUAAUAAUGCACCCCCAGUACCUUGCCCAACAGGAACAACUACUAAUGGAACUACAGGGGCCACAUCCUGCGACCCUUGUCCUCCCGGAGAGUCUUGCCCAGAUCCAACGUCACCUCCAGUAGUGUGCGCACCAGGCGAAUACUCAAAGGCAAAUUACCCAGGAUGCAUUACAUGUCCAGCUGGGUAUGAGUGUCCAACGACAACAGACUCUCCAAUCCCUUGUUCUCUGGGAACAUACGCCACUGCGGGAUCUACAUCUUGCACUGGGUGUCCUGCUGGAGAGGCAUGUCCAUCACAGACUGAUCCCACAGUUAAAUAUGCAUGUUUGCCAGGGGGGUACUCCAUUGGCAAUCAGAGUUCCUGUACGGUGUGUACAGAAGGAAAGAUGUGUCCAGAUGUCACCUCAGGCACUGAGAUAGAUUGUACAGCAGGCUUUUACUCAUAUGGUGGAGCAGCAUCUUGUACAAGCUGCCCAGCAGGCUGGCAGUGCCCUAACACUGAUGGUUCAGCAAAUGCACCAUGUAUUGCAGGAUAUUUCUCAACAGGUAAUGCAACAGAAUGUACAGAGUGUCCCACUGGAGUAGCCUGUCCAUACAGGAACUCAGACUUACAGACUACUUGUAUCGCGGGAGAAUACUCAAUUGGUGGGCAGCAAUCUUGUACCCGUUGUCCUGCUGGAAAGGAGUGUCCUUCAAAGACUGAUGACUCAGUUAUUGCUGACUGUGCCACUGGGUAUUAUUCUGGAGGUGGGAAAGCAGCAUGUGAACAAUGUCCUGCUGGUUAUGCUUGCCCAUCCAAAUAUUCCGAUCUGGUACAACCCUGCCCCGCAGGAACAUACUCACUCGAUGAAGCUGAAUUCUGUACACCGUGUGAAGCUGGGAAGUACUGUCCAGUGAAUGAUGCAGAAGGACUAGACUGUCCCACUGCUCACUAUAGCCUAGGGGGCGCUGUGCAGUGCAUACCAUGCCCCGCAGGAUUCUUUUGUGCCUCUCCUGAACUAGACAAGCAAAUCUGUCCAUCAGGUACAUUCAGUAACAGUUCAGUGACUGUAUGUGAACCGUGUGAGCCUGGAUAUGCCUGUAAAGAGGGCAGCACCUCCAACAAGCCAGAAAGCGGUAUCUGUAAACUGGGAUAUUACUGCACUGAUGGUCAACAGGAAUUGCCUUGUCCUGCAGGAUUUUACGGAGCAGUUAGAGGCCUUACUGAUGAGACGGAAUGUACCCAGUGUCCACAAUCAUUUUACUGCCCUGAGGGUACACCAGGUCACCCUAACCAGAAGUCUAAUCUCAUAUGUCCCCAGGGUCACUACUGCCCCGCAGAAACGGGGGAUUAUAAGGACACUCCAUGUUCUCCAGGAACCUGGUUUGGUGGACUAGGUGCUGUAGAUCAGAGUGAAUGUCUAGCUUGUCCUGAAGGUUACUCUUGCCCUGCUGGUACCCCUGAUCCUAAAUGUGAUACAUGUUCCUGCCCCAGAGGCCAUUAUUGUCCCCCAAGCUCAGGGUCCCCCACACCUUGCCCGGCAGGUAUGUUCACAGAGGAGCGUGGUAGUACAGGACUGGAGUUCUGCAAGGCAUGUCCUACUGGACACUGGUGUGCUUCAGGCACAGAUACACCAACCCCAUGUGAACCUGGAACAUUUAACCCAAUGAACAGCCAGUCAAAUAUCACAUCGUGUGCACCAUGUACCGCGGGUGAGAGCUGUACAAACUAUGGGCUCUCAAAACCAGAUUACAAAUGCUCACCCGGGUACUACUGUCCCGGAGGGAACUACAGGCCAAAUCAGACAGAAUAUGCGUGUCCACCUGGUUAUUUCACUGACAAUAAUAACCUAACUGCACCCGAGCAAUGUGAUUUAUGCCCAGAGACAACAGCCUGUCUUGUUGGAACUGGAGGCAAACAGAAACCUCCUGUUGCAUGUGCUAAGGGACAUUAUUGCCCACAUGGAACUGCUACACCAACCCAAUAUCCAUGUGCAGCUGGGUCAUACACAAACAGGACAAAUUUGAAAGCCCAAGAUGAAUGCUUCCCGUGUCCUAGAGGUGAAUACUGUCUGGAAGGCUCCUCUGAACCCACAGGGCUCUGUUUCCAGGGCCACUGGUGCCCUGAGAGUACACCCAUGGGGAACAGUUACCCGUGUCACGCUGGUAGCUACAAUAACCUUACAGGUAUCAGUGCAUGGGAGAUGUGCAAACCAUGUUGGGAGGGACAUUAUUGUCCUGAAGGGUCUAUACUCCCAAGCCCUUGUCCGGUAGCCAAAUACUCUGAAGAAGGCAAAGCUGAGAACAUCACAAUGUGUUUGCCUUGUAAGGCAGGUUACUAUUGCCCUGAGGAGGGACUAGCAUCCCCUCUACCUUGUGGAAAGGGAAACUACUCAGACCAUGGCUGGGCCUCUUGUCAGCUCUGCGAACCUGGACAUUAUUGCGACCAGAACGCCACGAGUUAUGAAUUCAUGAUGACAGAAAGGAUUUGUCCCGCAGGAUUGGAGUGCCCGUAUGGCAUGGACAGAGCUCCAGAUUUGGUGAAUGAUAAAUGUAGACAAGGGAGUUAUUGUCCAAGGGGAGAUAUCAACCCAUGGCCGGUCCCAUGUCCCAAUGGCACAUUUAAUGUUCUCUAUGGAUUAAAACAGGUAUCUGAGUGCCAAGCCUGUACUCCAGGCUACUACUGUAUCCCUGAAGGUCUGAUCAACCCUGCUGGCCCCUGCCCUGCUGGAUACUACUGCCCAUUGGGCACAGCUGAACCCUACACUUUCCCAUGCCCUGUGGGAUUCUACCGCAACGGUUCUGCAAAAGAAUCGUUCCAGGAUUGUACAGAGUGCAUCUCAGGGUUCUAUUGUGAUGAAGAGGGUCUAGGAUUCCCUAAGGAUUGUCCCCCAGGUUAUUUUUGUGUUAGUGGCAGCACACGACCUUCACCUUGCCCACUAGGUACAUAUGGCAACUCAACAAAUCUACGACGUAGUACUGACUGUACGCCAUGUCCUGGAGGCUACUAUUGCGAUGGUAUAGGACGAACAGAACCGACAGAUGUAUGUGAUGCUGGUUUCUACUGUCGGGAAAAGGCAUAUACAUCAGCACCGCCUGAAGGGCCAACUGGAGGGCUUUGUCCUGUGGGAGGCUAUUGCCCAGCCAAGUCAGCAGUAGGCACACCCUGCCCAGUUGGAAAAUACAGCCCAUCAGCUGGUGCAAAAACAGAAUUUGAUUGCAUACCUUGUGAGCCUGGUUAUUAUUGCGCUGGCUCUAGUAGUUCUUCAGCCACUCAGGAGUGUGCAGCUGGUUACUAUUGUACAGGGGGCUCAGGAAUACCCACACAGAAUUCAACCCCUAAAGGUCACUAUUCAGCUAAGGGAGCCUACAAGGCAGAACCAUGUCCAAGGGGAGAGUACCAGCCAGCUGAAAAAUCAGAAAAAUGUCUUAUUUGCCCACAGGGUUAUUAUUGCAAUGGAACAGGAACUGUGACAGCCAUACUUUGUCCCAAGGGACACUACUGCCCAUUGGGAAGUGAUGAACCAACUGUCUGUCUAAGAGGAACAUUCCUGGAUGCAGUCGGCAAAUAUGAAGAAAGUCAUUGUGACCCGUGUAGUCCAGGGAAGGCUUGUGAAUCAGUAGGCCUAGAGCUCCCUAGCAAUGACUGUGAUGCUGGCUAUUACUGUAUAUCCGGGAGUAACACAACGCAGCCCAUAGAUGGUGAUGGGAUGGGUGGAAGAUGCCCUCCUGGCUAUUACUGUCCUGUUGGCACUGGGGACUACAGCACAACACCAUGUGAGAAUGGCACAUAUGGUAACUACUCAGGGGCUCAGUCUGCAGAUGACUGCCAUGAUUGUGACCCUGGCAAAGUUUGCGGAGGAACAGCCUUACUGGAGCCCAAUGGGGUUUGUGCCCCUGGUUACUUCUGCAGAGGAAAAGCAUACACUGAUAAGCCUAAAGAUGGCGGCACUACUGGUGACCUUUGCCCCAAAGGUCAUUACUGCCCAGAGGGGACAGGUGAGCCCAAGCCUUGUGAACCUGGAUCAUUCAUGAAUAUCUCUGGAAUGGCAAGUUGUUUCCCAUGCCCAGCCGGUUACUACUGCGUGGCUGGCGAUAGUGCUGAGGAGCCUUUACUCUGCCCUAAGGGCCACUACUGCCCCGGAAACACUACCGCAGAAAUACCCAAGUGUCCCAGAGGUACAUACAAUCCUGACCUUGGUCUCUAUGCUGAGGCUGACUGUCGACCAUGUACUGGAGGAUUUUACUGUUAUGCACUUGGUGCAGUGAACUUUGACUUUAGUGUAAACGGAACAGGAACUGGUGAAUGUUCUCCAGGGUACUACUGUAAGCUAGGUGUUAAUGUGAGUACACCAACUGAGGGAACAACUAGUGGUAUAGGGGGACCAUGUCCUCCUGGUAGCUACUGUCCUGUACAGACAGAGGACCCCAUACCCUGCCCCAAUGGUACAUUUAGGGCCACAGAAAUGGGUGAGAAGGCUUCAGACUGUGAGGCUUGUACACCUGGAUAUUUCUGUGCCGCAGAGAACCUCACUGCACCUUCUGGAGAAUGUGAUCCUGGUUUCUUCUGUCUCAAUGGUAGCGCAGUGCCAAAUCCUACUGGUGAUAUCCCAGAGACAGGAGGCCCAUGUCCCCGUGGCAAAUACUGUCCAGGUGGCACUGCUGUACCACUAGACUGUGAUAAGGGGUUCUAUGCUAACAGAACUGGACAGUCAGUAUGCACUCCAUGUCAGACUGGCUAUUACUGCCCUGAAGGAACGACAACGUAUGAAGAUUUCCCAUGCCCCGUUGGAAUGUACUGCCCAUCAGGAACAACAGCCGCUGAUGAGUAUAAAUGUCCUAAGGGGUAUUAUCGUAACUACACAAAUGGUGAAAGCAUCAACGAUUGUUUCCCAUGUCCUGGUGGAUACUUCUGUGGCUCAGAAGGUCUUGAGAGUCCAACAGGAGAAUGUGACGCUGGUUGGUUCUGUGUUAGUGGUGCAUGGUUCAAUCAACCAAAUGACUAUGAUAACUACACAACUGGGGACUGUCUCUGCCCAGCUAAUGCCACAGGCGGGGAAUGCCAACCUGGGUUCUACUGUCCCCAAGGCUCUGAUAAUCCUGUACCUUGUACGGAAGGUGAAUACUGUGCAACUCCAGGACUAUCAACACCUACUGCACAGUGUAAUGCUGGCUUCUACUGUCGUCAAGGAGCACAUAGACCUGACCCCACAGAUGGAGUGACUGGAGAUGUUUGCCAGCCAGGAAGAUACUGUGGUGUUGGCACUGGUUCUGAUCUCCCAAGGUGUCCAUUUGGGACUUACUCCAACAGAACAGAAAACCAGGUGGUUGAUGAUUGUACACCAUGCACACAGGGUUACUAUUGUGAGUCUCCUGGCUUGACUGAACCAACUGGACCCUGCGCUGAGGGCUACUUUUGUCCCCCAGGACAAAAUGUAUCUAAUCCAUUCCCCUGUGAUCCUGGCUAUUAUUGUGAGGUGGGUAGCUUCAAUAUGACAGCAUGUGACUCAGGUACCUACCAGGAUGAGAUAGGGCAAGGAGCAUGCAAGGAAUGUGUGGCUGGACACUAUUGUGACCGCUCCAAUGAACCCAUGAUCGACUACAGCAUCUACCCAUGUCCUACUGGCUAUUAUUGCCCCAAUGGAACCAAAUGGGACACCCAGUAUGGCUGUCCUGCUGGCACAUACAACCCAUCCACUAAACUCGAGAUGGAAUCUCAAUGUCUGAACUGUGAUGCUGGAAAAUAUUGCUCAGGCACCGGCAAGUCGGCAGUAACAGGAGAUUGCGGUGCAUCACACUGGUGUAAGAAUGCAGCAGAGACAGCGACACCUAUUGAUGGAACUACUGGAGAGUUGUGCCCUGAGGGGCAUUAUUGCCCAACAGGAACUCCUGUACCCCUUCCAUGUCCACUAGGAAGUUGGUCAAGUAGUACAGGAUUAGCAGCAGCUUUAGACUGUACUCUUUGUACUGGAGGGUUCUAUUGUAAUGGUACUGGCCUCACAGCACCAUCAGGACCUUGUGAACCAAGGUAUUACUGUAGUAUCAAUGCCACUACUCCUACACCCAAUGAUGGGGGAGCCACAGGAGACCCAUGCACCGUAGGUCAUUACUGUGAGGAAGGUACUGCAGUUCCUAUUCCCUGCCCAGAUGGAAAAUACAUGACAAAAACUGGGGCUGAUGAGUGCUGGAACUGUACUGCAGGUCAUUACUGUAUAACUGGUCUAACACCAGACACGUGCCCUGCUGGUUACUACUGUCCCGAGGGUACAGGCCAAGUCUGGGAGAGUUGUCCCACUGGAACAUUCAGCAACAACCCAGGUCUUUUUGAGGUUUCCCAGUGCACACAGUGUACAGGUGGAAACUAUUGUGCAAGUGAGAAUGCAACUUCUGUUACAGCUCCAUGCUCUGCUGGUUAUUACUGCACUGAGGGCUCCGACACCCCAACCCCAGAUACAGGAUAUAAAGGAACAGCUGGACCCUGUCCCCCAGGCUCCUAUUGCCCCGAGGGCACCACCACACCUGAAGAUUGCCCACUUGGGACAUUCAGCAAUGAAACCCACCUGACUAAUUCUUCUGAGUGCACACCAUGUGCUCCUGGGAAAUAUUGUGGCUCGACAGGACUUACAGAGCCAUCUGGUGACUGUUAUGGCGGGUUUUAUUGCACCUCAGGGGCUGAAGUUCCAAAUAACCCAAGUGUUGACUCAACUGGAGGCCCUUGUCCUAUUGGACAUUAUUGCCCAAAUGGGACAGCAUACCCUCUCGGGUGUCCUGCUGGAACAUACACAAGCAGCACUGGAAUGUCUGAGUGUGUCACAUGUCAAGCUGGAUACUAUUGCCCAGAAAACUCAACUAUGUACAGUGAUAAAUCCUGCCCUACAGGCCAUUAUUGUCCAGCUGGUACCCCAUUUGAUACAGCCUACCCCUGCCCAAUGGGAACAUACAAUGACUACAUGGGAAAACAACUGCCUAGCGACUGUAAACCAUGUGACCCUGGAACGUACUGCGAUGAGACUGGGCUGAGUGCACCUAAGGGCAACUGUUCCGCUGGCUGGUAUUGUGUUAGGGGAGCCUCGGCUUCUAUGCCUACAGAUUUUGGGAAUACUAGCUCUAGUAAUUGUUACUGUGCGUUGAAUGGCACUGGAGGUGAAUGUCAACCAGGACAGUUCUGCCCCGUAGGCUCCAAUCAACCUACACCUUGCACUUCAGGUUUCUACUGUGACUCCCCUGGGCUUUCAGUUGUGUCAGGACCCUGUGCUGCUGGUUACUAUUGCACGGAGGGUGCCUCUCGUCCUGACCCCCAGAAUGACACAACGGGUGGGGACUGUCCCCAGGGACACUAUUGCCCCGAGGGAACAGGGAUACCUGAGCCAUGUCCUAGUGGUUACUUCACUGGGGCUACCAGAAACACAGACUUUAGUGAUUGCAAACUUUGUACAGCUGGUUCAUACUGUGGCAACAAUGGACUUCCUGCUCCAACAGGACUAUGUGACCCAGGGUACUACUGUCCUGAGGGCCAGAAUGUUAGUGCACCCAUAGACUAUAUGUACCCCUGGACACUUUUGUGA